GCCAAUAGCUCAGCACCAGGAAGUUAACAUUUUGUGCAGGAUGGAAAGCUUAGCUGCUGUGCUUUAACAGGGCACCAUGGGUAACACGGAGAGUGUGGUAGUGCAGAAGCGGCUGGCCCGCUUCCGCCCAGAGGAGCAGCCGGUGGUGGAGGGUGUCUUCGACAGGCUCCUGGGCGGCGCUGUGGGCCCUUCAGGACCCCCCGGGAGAACACCGGUGGGGAAGACUCUAACGCUUGAGAUGCUGCAGUCCUCAAUGGGCAGCCUGGCACCGGACUCCAUGGUGAGGAGAGUCUACCAGUGCAUCUGCAGUAUCGACCCCGGACAGGAAGCUUCUGGGAAAACCAGCACCUUUGCAGCCUCCGGAGUCAGUCGAGAGCAAUUGGUCAUCUUCCUAGCGGACACCCUGCGAGGCACCGCAGAAGAGCGGGCUCCACUCGUUAUGGCCAUGUCCCAGAGCGGAGAGGGGGCAGUGAGGGUUGUCACGUGUGAGCAGCUAGCAGAGUUCCUCCAGGACCUGAUUUCUUCUGUAGUUCAGAUUCUGGUCCACAGAGGGCGCCUGCAGGCCUGGCAGCCAGAGAGAAUGGGUGACAGCUCCCUGGGUGUCAAACUCCUGGCAGAGCAGAUGUGUUCUGAACUCAAACCCUCAGAUCAGGGAGGUUAUGAUGUUUCCUCUCUGGAGGACUGGAUCUUCAGGGUCUCCCAGGUAUCGUUGUACCUGGAGAUGCUGGUAGCUGAGGGCCUAAAUGUGUCCCUGAGCGGCCGGCCGGCCCCCACCCUGCUGCCCCCAUGCAGGGAGACGGCCUGGAAAGAUCUGAGGUGUCUGCUGCUGGACCUUCCAACACUCAUGUUUCUUGCACCACAGUUGCCGGACAGCUACAGCGCACCCUGGAGGCUUGUGUUUUCCACGCGGCUACACGGGGAGAGCUUCACCCGGAUGGUGUCCGGCCUAACAAAGUGUGGGCCAACACUGCUGCUCAUCAAAGACACAAAGGGCCACGUUUUUGGGGGCUUCGCCUCCCACGCCUGGGAGAUCAAACCUCAGUUCCAGGGUGACUCCAGAUGCUUCCUGUUCACCGUGUUCCCCAGACUGAGAGUUUAUACAGCAACAGGAUACAACCAACACUUCAUGUACCUCAACCAGAACCAGCAGACCAUGCCCAACGGACUGGGUAUGGGCGGUCAGCACGGCUACUUUGGCCUUUGGCUGGACAGUGAUUUUGGCCGUGGUCAUAGUCGUGCACGGCCCAAGUGCACCACCUACGGCAGCCCACAGCUUUCUGGAGAGGAGGACUUCACCUUGGACUCCGUGGAGGUGUGGGCGGUCGGAAAACCCCCAGAACCAGAGGAGGGUGAGGAGGGGAAGGGCAAAAAGAGCAUCCUGGAUGCGGAUCCAGAGGUCCAGGCCAUGAUGGAGAUGACAGGGAAGACUCUACACAGUCAGGGACUCAGGGAGCCGGAGGAAGACCAGGAGCAAUGAGGGGCAACGGAGAGAUUAACCAAAAACAGUCUUAAUUUAGUGAGGCUCCCAGUCCACCUGGUUGGGAUUUUAUCAUCUGACAUAUCUGGAUAGCAGUUAUGCCUAAAACAUGUCUUCUGUAUACGAUAUAGUGAUAUGAGAUUUCUCUUUCCCUGCCUUUCAUUUUGCUUGGACCCUUUUACACACACAAUUCUGCUGUUUUUGAUUACGGAAGCCCUGAGAGGCAAGUGAGGGAAAAUAUCUGGUAGACUGAUCUAAAUUGAUUUCCCCCCUGUUUAUAACUUUUAAAAAGUUUUCUAAUUUACUUCUUUUUUUUCCGCAAUAACAAUUUGGGCAUAUGAUUUCUUUCAUUGUUGUCAGGAUCAUUUUUAUCGUAUUAUUUAAAGUACUAUUAAAAGUGUUUGUUGUAGUAUUACUCAUUUUGGCCACAAGAGGCUGAGAUGCACCACUACCCCAUGAUCUAAAUGGCACUUAAAUCAUUCAUGUUUUCUUUCAGGUGAGUUUUAAUUAACAUAACUUGCUAAGAGGCAAUAUAAUUGUGUUUACAAUGCAUUGAGAAAUUAAAACUCACCUGGAAGAAAACACAAAAUGCAUUGAGUGUUAAUAGGAAAAUGGGAUAGUGGUGCAUCACAGCCUCCUGUGGUCAAAAGGAGCAAUACAACAAGCAAAAAUGAUCCUGAUAUUUAAAGAAAGAAAAAAAGUAACCUGCUGAAACCUGUUUUUGCCAGAUGGAAAAACUAUAAAAAGAUCCUGCAAAAAAAAAAUUGUUUCGGCAAAAAGAAUAAAAUCCCAGACAACAUGUUUUUUUUCACCUGUUCUAAAGACAUAAACAAAGAGAGAAAACAGUUAAGUUAAAAAAAUGGAUACCCGGAAUUUUUUCUUCUCACUUGCCUCACAGGGCUUCUGUAUGUAAUUACACACAACACUAAAGUCACUCUCAUGUUUACACCGAUCGUCUGUAAAAGGUGGCGUUGGCUAUGGAAGAUGUCAGAGGUCAUCACAACAUAAACCUGAAAUUUGAACUAGGUCUGAAGUCAGCUUAUAAUUGUUAUGUAAAGUCCAAUUAACCUCUUCACACACAACUGCUAAGUUGUAACAAAAGCUACCAGUGUGCUAAAAGCCAGCUUCCGUCGUCAGUGUGAAAGAGACCAAUGUGUCAUGGGUGUGUUGACUCUUAUUUCCUCCAAACUCCACUGGUGUUAAAUAGAUAGAAGCAAACUUUAUUUUAAAGAAUAUUCAAGAGAUACCACAGGAAAAUCGAUUCAAACCACUUACUGAAAUAUUAAGUUUAGGAAAGUGAGCACAAAAUACCUGUAAAUUACACCAUUCAAAGUUGUAUUUAACAGUAAAAUAUUACAUGGAAUUAUCCUGAAGAUCUGGGUUUAAAGAAGGUAAAGAUCUCCCUAAGCCCAUUUUAAGAGAAGUUAAAUUGUGAAUUGCUAUGUGACAGAUUAAUUUAUUGCUGCAGUAUUAAACAACCUUUAGGUUUAAGAGACAAAAUCCGACACUGGCCUGUUAUUCAGUCUCUAUCUAGCUGGUUCACAGGAGCCAUUAUAAGUAUAUGUGAACAUGUGACUAAUGACAAGAUAUUUUAUUAUGAGGUUUACUAUGUAUUUGAAUAUGUUGUUUUUUGUGUCUGGAGCAAAUCUAUAACAUGAAGCAAAAGGUUCAACAUUCUAAAUACAAAUUUCUGUAAAAUGAAACAUUAUGAAUAGACCUGUAUUG